AUGAGUUCAUUGCAAUUAAACGAGGAGACUCUCGAGGAUUUUUACAAUCUUAAGACUUUAGAUCCACAAACAUCAUGGGAGGAAGAUUCCAACUAUGUAUUCAAUUUAAGCAAAUGGAAUAAUGUGGUGCCUGAUUCCGACAAUUCCUAUGAUGUAUUAAAGGAUCUUAUAGCCCAACAAAAGAUGUUUAACGAACAAAAGAAUUCUAAUGCUUCUAAGGUUAAAUCACAAGAUCGUCUAAGGGAUCCCUUAAAUAACGAAUAUAUUGCCAAUUCGUUGCAACAAUUAAAUGUCAAACAUGAGACUGAAAUUGCAACAUAUAUGAUUAAUGAUAAGAAGUUUAUCGUGAAUAAAUUCUUAAGAGAUGUACAUAAUAAGGACACAUUCGAGGAUCUGAACCAAUCCCUGAACAAUCUAAAUUCUAUUAUCGAAGAUCAAUCCCAUGACCUCAAGACUCUUGUUCAAGAUAACUUUACAAGCUAUGUUAAAAUAAAAAACAGAUUAGACAAGAUUUACAAUCAGUUUGCACAAAAUGUUACAGAUAAUAAAGAACAAGACAAUAAUAAUCUUAACAUUGAUCAACUUGGUGAAAAAGUGGAUGAAUCUAUCAGGGCCACAAAUAUGAAAUUGAAACCUAUUAUGGACACCUCCACUAAAAUGUCCAAUUUUAAGAUGGCAAAACAGUUUAUUGAAGAUAACAGACAAUUUUUUGAUCUUCCAAAGACUUUGAAGAAAUAUUUAGAAAAGAAAGAUUUCUCAAGUUUUAUAUACAACUAUUCUAAAGGUCAAGAAAUGAUUGAGAAAUUUAAACUGUACGGUAAUAUUAAUUCCAAAACUCAAUCUGAUAAAACAAAUAAGACCAAUACAGAUUCUAUUGGUCAAUCCAAUAAAGUACCGAAAGUGAUAGAAUUAAUCUGGAGCCAGGUAGAAAGUACAAUUGAUAGCUAUAGAAAAGAAACAUGGGAAGGUUUAUUAACGAACUCGAAUUCAAUCAAGAUGGAAUCACGAGAAAUUUUCUUACCAAUGAUAUCAAAAUUAUUAGAUCUCAAGGAGGAAAACAACCCAAUUCUAAAAUGGUUUGAUUUUUAUGUUGAUAAUUUUGAACAAGAAUUAAAUAAAAUGUCCAACCAUCUUUUGGUUAAGAUUGUGGAGGCCCAGAAAAGAAUUCUGCAUAUUGGUAUUGAUGAUGCCGAUGAUAUCGAUGGUGUCAAUCUAUCUUAUUAUCUCUCCAUUGGCCAAUUGUUUAAACCUAUAGUAUACUCUAAUUUAAAAAGUGAUCAAAGGGAAGGUUCAAGUAACAACAUUUAUGACUCAUAUAUUAAUAAUAGCACCGAAAGUGUACUUGAUAGAUCAAAUGACAUUCCAUUUAAAAACAACCUUACUGCAUACCAUGGAUUAACAGACACUUCAAUUAUCGUUGAAAUGUGGCUCUUAAUUUUACGUUAUGUUAAAGAAUUCGAAGAUAUAUCUAACAACUUUAUACAAUUUUGGCAACAUACAGAAAAUUUCUUGGAUGGAACAUAUCAAAAUAUUAUAAUCAAUGACAAGAAGAAAGAUAACAUUUUAAUUGGUGAUAACCGUACAAUUGAUAAUUUUAGAAGAAUUCUAACUUUAUCAAAAGAAGAUGCAAAUGUAAUAAGAACUAAAGGUGACAAUUUUACUAGAUCAAUUUUCAAAAAACUGUUGUUUUUCUUCCAAUCAUCACAGGCCUCAUUAUCAAAUUUUACAACAGGAGAUUUAUCGUCAUCUGAGGUUAUAAAUUCAACAAAAGUUGAAAAGGACUCUGGUUCUCCCCUUGAUUAUGGAUUUGUACCUCCAAGAGCGAAUGGUUUAGGAUGUGUUAGAUAUUUACUUUUGAUAUUCGAGCCCUUUCUAAAAUUUGUCACACAACUGGCCCAAUUAGGUAUCAAUACAAGUACUGUUGAUAUGGCAAGAGAAUUAGUAUCAUUAGCUAUCGAUAGAAGUAUUGGUGCUAUUUCGUCCACCAAAUUAAGAGAUGUAUCUAAUUUCUACAAACUGGAAGACUGGGAAGUAUAUAAAUCGGUCACAGAGGAGGCUGGCGAUUUGAAUUCUACAGAUUCGAUAGAAUAUGGUGUUACUCAAUUCCCAGAAAUAGUACUUCUAGUGCAACAGUACAGCAUCCAGGUUAUAAGAAGCUUUCUAUUCUCUUUUGAAAAAUUACCAAUUAUUAAUGGCAUUUCAAUUGUUAAUUAUCCAUCCAAACAAAUUUUAACUGGGAUUGAGGUUCAGCAAAUAAUAUCCAUGGAAGCAGUGCUGGAAGCUAUCUUGAAGAAUGCGGCAAAAGAUAAAGACAAUCCAAGAAAUUCUCACACCAUUUUGACAUUAACCAACUUGCAGUAUGUUAGGGAAUUCACAUUCCCAACUAUUCUAAGAUAUUUUGAUGACUCUUUCGAGUGGAGUUUGAGCUCUAAACCGCUUGAGAUUUUCAAUCUUUUGGGUAAGAUGGAAUCGUCAAUUUUUGGGAACUACUUAUCUGAUUUGAAAAUUACAUUAAGGAAUGUUCUCGAGGAGAGAUUCCAUGAAAUUAGUUGGUCAAAUUACUCAUCUAACUCAUUUAGGGUCAAUGACUAUAUUAUCGAAGUUUUAAUGGUGCUAAUUAAUGUGCAUAGUGAAUGUUUUAGGAUUGGGCCUCAACUGAUCAACCGGAUUAUUAAGGAAACACAAGUAUUCAUUUCUAGGUACCUGUUCGAGUCCUUUAAACCAUUUAUCGGUAAUUUGUCCUCUGAUGGAUUAUUACAGGUAACUGUUGAUAUUAAGUUCUUUGAGAAAGUCUUAGGUUCCUACCUAGAGAAGGACACGGAAGUCACUUUGAACGCUUGUCUGCAGAACUGCUUCCAAAAUAACCUAGAUAGACUUGAAAGAUGUAUUUCCGAGACUGAACCAAUCGUAGAUUCUAACCUGGAAAGAACAAGGAUACAAUUUGCAGCUUUCAACUAG